AUGAACCGAUUCCUGGCGUCGAUAGCCGCAGCGCUGCUGUUUCUCACAGCAGCCUGCGUCCAUGCGCAAGAUGGGCGGGCUAAGUUGCAAGUCGAUCUUGACGAUUACGACUCCAUCCGUCGCGCUGCUAAAAUUGUAGCUGGGAACCUCUGGACUUACUACCACGGCGAUAAACCCGGCCAGACACCUGGUAUUCUGCCUGGCCCGCAUCCUGCCGUACCUAGUGGUCCAUACUACUGGUGGCAGGCUGGUGCGAUGUGGGGGACGUUGAUCGACUACUGGUACUAUACUGGCGAUGAUACCUACGUCAAUGAGACGCGCCGUUCUCUUGUCUUCCAGGCCGAGGGUCCUGGCUACAGUUUCGAGCCGCGGAAUUGGACUCUUUCGCUAGGUAAUGAUGACCAAGGCUUCUGGGGCAUGGCUGCCAUGCUGGCUGCUGAGACGAACUUCCCUAAUCCGGCUCCCGAUGAGCCGCAAUGGCUGGCUCUCGCUCAGGCAGUGUUCAACCGUCAGGCUCGUCUCUGGGACAUGGAAUUUUGCAAUGGUGGUCUGCGCUGGCAGAUCCCCCACACCAAUGCCGGCUACAACUACAAGAACACGAUCGCCCAGGUCGUUUUCAUGAAUAUUGCCUCUCGCUUGGCCCGCUACACUCGCAAUGACACCUACGCUCGCUGGGCCGAGACUGCCUGGGACUGGACUCAGGGCGUCGGCUACAUCACCAAAGAGUAUAACGUCCUCGAUGGUGGUCACGUCGAGCACAACUGCACUGACAUCAACCCGGUGCAAUUCUCAACCAACGCGGCCCUGCUGAUCCAUGCAGCUGCUAUCAUGUACAACUACACUCUCGAAGAAAAAUGGCGCUCCCGCGUCCUUGGCCUCCUCAACCGCACAAUCGACCACUUCUUCCCCGAAGGCAUCAUGGUCGAGCGCGCCUGCGAGCUCCCCGAUCGCAUGCAAUGCAACGUCGAUCAGCACUCCUUCAAAGGCUACAUGCACCGCGCCUUGGCAACCGUCGCCGUCGUCGCCCCCUUCACGCGCGACACCAUCAUGCGCACACUGCGCUCCUCCACCGAAGGCUGUGUCUCCUCCUGCCUGGCGGACGGCACGUGCGGUUUCCGCUGGAAUAUUGGCAAGUAUGAUGAGGACGUGGCGAAUGGUCCUGCGGGCCAGCAGAUGAGUGCGGUCGCGGCGCUGAGUACGCUGUUGUUGGAUCAGCCACAUGUGCUGAGGGGGCCGUUGACGAAUGAUACGGGCGGGACGAGCCGCGGUGAUCCGAAUGCUGGGUUGGUGAAUAAUGAUCCUGAACCGAUGAGACCUAUCACUGUGGGGGAUCGCGCGGGUGCCGGAGUGUUGACGGCGGUGAUUUUGGGGUCAUUUUUGGGGGGGUUGCUGUGGAUGGGGAUGGGCUGGUCCGAGGGCUGA